GGUGAAAUCUUGCUUAAAUAAUACAGAAAGAUAAAUAAAAGAAUACAAAAACUUGUGGCGACGACAUGAACUACCAUGACGGGUGAAUCAAUCUCCGCUGGGGUUUAGCAAAACCCGUGUCAUCCUGCAAAAAAAUUCUGGUAUUUAUUGGGUGAUUUCAUUUGACCGGAUCUCUCUCCCAACUCGUCUGCACUUUUUUUCAAGUUACCAGUAUGACAUCCCUUUACGAUACAUCCGCGCUAAAAGCGCUUGCUAUAGCCGGUGGAGCUACUGCGGCUGUUCUCUCACUGUUAGCCAUUAAAUAUCCAGAUAGGGCGGUUUUCGAUGAACUUCGCGAGGGCGUUCCCAAUGUCCCGGGCGUGCCGUUGCUUGGUAAUUUGCCGAAGAUGCUGUCCCGAACGGAUGAUAUAAAUGAUUGGACCACGGAAACGUUUGAACAAGCUAAUGCGCUAACUUGCACUGCGUCGUCUCUCGGGUUGCCUUUUGCCAUCCAAACCAUCGAUCCGCGCAAUGUAGAGCAUUUUUUAAGAGUCAACUUCGAAAACUAUGUCAAAGGACCCCAUUUCUCCAAGUCUACCAUCGAUCUGCUUGGUCAUGGUAUCUUUAAUGCCAAUGGAGAACAAUGGCGAUACCAACGCAAGACUGCUAGCCACAUCUUUAACGUGAAGAACUUUCGAGAUUCCUUCACUGAUGUGUUUAUCAAUGAAUUACAGAUCAUGGAAAAGCACAUCCUCGAUGAAGCAGCUGUUACGGCAGACCCGGUUGAUUUGCACGAUCUGUUCUAUCGAUUCACGCUGGAUUCGUUUGUUCUGUUGGGCUUUGGAGUAAAUAUUCAUGCAAUGACACGGAAAGACAAAGUUCCCUUUGCUGUUGCCUUUGAUGAGUGUCAACGCGACUCCUUUGUGCGUUUCAUCGAUCCCUUUUAUUCAUUCAACAAGUUAAUGAGCAAGAUCUUUACACCAUGGAGAAUGACGGCCGACGAUCAUUUGAAGGUGUUGAAUUCUUUCGCCGCCGACGUGAUUGCUACGCGACGUAAAGAACUUGCCGAAGGAAAAAGCUAUGGUGACCUUUUAUCUCGAUUCAUGAAUACACGAAAUGAAACAGGCGAACCGCUCAAUGACCAAGAAUUACGGGAUACCAUCAUCAAUAUUCUUAUUGCUGGCCGGGAUACAACAGCACAAGCUUUGUCGUGGACCUUUUAUAAUUUGAUGCUCCAUCCACGCAUUGAAAGCAAGCUAUUGGAAGAAAUCAACACCCAUAUUGUCGACGGCAUCGAAUCUGAUGCCCCAGCUCUUUAUGAAGUCAUUAAAAAGAUGCCUUAUGCACAUGCGGUAUUCUAUGAAGUACUUCGUCUGCAUCCUCCCGUUCCCACUAAUCAGAAAUACGCCCUGGAUGAUGAUGUAUGGCCUGAUGGCACGAUAAUCCGAAAAGGAGAUUAUGUGCUGUGGUCGACCUACUCAGCUGGCCGAUCGGAAGCGAUAUGGGGUUCGGACGCCAAACUUUUCAAACCUGAACGCUGGUUGACGGAGGAUGGUACACUUCAAAAGAGAUCACAAGGCGAAUGGCCAGUCUUCCAUGUGGGACCUCGAGUAUGCUUAGGUCAAAAUCUUGCUACCUUGGAAGCACUGGUAGCUAUCGUCUUGCUGUUGAAAAAGUACAAAUUCUCACUGAUACCCGGACAAAAAAUUACUUAUGACGCAAGUUUGACAUUGCCAAUGAAGUACGGCCUGAAAGCAUCGGUCGAACGUCGAUCGUAAUCGAUGCUUCCUAGUUCGUUCCUAUUUUAUAUGUACCAUAAAGAAAUAACUUGAUCCAUUUUAUCUCAAUAUUAUAUUAUUUUUUGUCAUCAUGUAUUUUAACAACGAGAUUCUUGUUUUUAGCGACUGUAAUCACAUCAUAAAAUAAACCUUGACCACGCUCCAGCGGCGUCAAAUGUUCCAACA